AUGAGUCGAUCGCCCAACAGGCCGCGCUCUAGCGACCUCUCGCCUCCUGUCGACAAGGUCAGUCCUUCCGAAACACACAGCAUCACCUUCGAAUGGCCUCUGCACGAUCUGAAACAGCACUUCGACUCUUCCAACAAUGAUGCCAAAUCAAAAGUGAUCAAGUCAGUUCCCUUUGGCGAAGGAAGAUGGACGGUUCUCUUCUACGCUCAAUCAGGCAUGCAGUCGUUCUGCUCGCUCUAUCUGAACGCAGAGCCUACACCAGAAGAGAAAAGCCAAAGCAAACCCUCUUGGGAGAACUAUAUCAACAACAGCAGUCUCAAUCGCUCUCAGGCGUCCAUCUCUGACAAAAAUGGCAACGCGAGCGAAGAUGCUUGGACACGCCAAGGUCUCUUCCGCUUCACAUUCAAGAUCAUCACCCUCAACAAGGGUUUUAUCCUCGCGUCGAAAGAGGCUUGCAAUCAUGCUUUCAGUCAUAAAACCUCGAACUGGGGCUGGGCGCAGUUUGCAUCGCGCGACACUGUCUUUUACGGCAACAGUGAAGUGCAGCAGACGAAUGGAUUCCUUAUCUCAGUCACGAUCACUGCUAGCCCCGAAACACCGCGACCGUUGUCUGUUGGCGUCACUAUCCCGCCGGCUCUGAUCGAGGCGAUGGGAUCUCUGCUGGAUGACCCAGAUCAUAGCGAUGUUGUGUUUGUCAUCCGUCGAAAACGUCGGCAUCCUACUAGCGGCGCUAUCGUGACACGCGAGCGUCGCAUCUAUGCGAUCAAGAAGAUUCUCGCUUCGCGUUGCGAGUACUUCCGAGACAUGUUUGAGAGCGGCUUUCUCGAGGCUGAUGCCACCACAAGCUCCGAUGAUGAAGGCGACGACGAUCUUGCCGUUGUUCCAGCUUCAUCCCGAGGUGUUGGUCAAGAUCAGCUGGGGCUGAUGGGAAGUGCUUUCUUGUCGUCUGGUGAGGACGAGGAUGAUGAUCUAGGACUGGAGGACUCGGAUGAGGAGAUGGAUGUCGAUGAGGUAUAUGAAUUGGGUAGAUCCAACUUCCAAGAUCAAUAUCGCGGUAGUGAGGGGUCGCUGGCUCGAGCUUCGCAGCCAGGUCUUGCAUUGAGUCCAAAUGGUGGUGCAGAGCAGUCUGCAUCGCGAAGGAUGCGCGAAACCAGUUCCGACGUGCCUCAGCUUCAAAGCUUCACAUCUGCAACUGCAUCGCAGCCGUCCGACUCGGUGCAGUACGGCAAGUCGCAGCAAUAUACUCCACCACAGUCGCGCACUCGUCAGAGCAACGAGCUCGAUGCAGGUACAGAUAGUGGCGACGAUGCAGCCCGAGCGCAGGGCAUGUCGGCCUUUAAGACACCUCAGCACUCUCCACGGGAGCUCAGGAGCGAAGGCGCAAGGUUUACAUCACCCACGAAGGGCGCCAGUGCUCCUCUUUCUAAAAGGCAGACGCGAUCGAGUAAAACUCAAGUGGCCAAGGAGCAAGGCUCAAACGCUAAGACCUUGCCGCAGCGUCGCAAGUCGGACGAAGCUCCCGGCACAAGCGCUCACACCAGCAAAAAACGACGCAAAGUGAUCGUCCAUGACGCUGCCUAUGCCACUUACAAAGCGCUUCUCUACUAUUUGUACACCGACACGGUUGCCUUUGCACCUUUGCAUUCCCACUUCUACUCGCAAACCACAACCCCCGACAACUCGGCCACCGUUCAGGAGAACCUUGACUUGUCAGAGACCAAGCCUAGCGAUUCAAGUACAGCUUCUGCGACCUAUGCUGGCUCAGAGUCCGGUCUCCACUCAUCCCGGUGCACUUCCACCACCAACCCCACUGGCAGCUUUGCAAAAGAUCGACGUCGAGCGCACCUCCAGCGACAACAUGUCAUCGACGAAUACUGCUCUUCCAACACCAGCAUCCCCUCCCCUUGCUCGGCUAAAUCAAUGUAUCGUCUCGCAGACAAGCUUCAGAUCCCCGAACUCAAGGCUCGGGCACAGGAAGAGCUGGCGAACAAUCUGACGGUGGACAACAUCGUUUGGGAAGUGUUCUCAGGAUUUAAUGCUCAGUUCCCGGCUAUCAGGAAGAUGGAGACGGAUUUCCUGUUGAAGCAUUGGGGAGAGGUGAAGGGGACCGAUGUCAUGAAGAGUAUCUUUUCGAGGCCUGCGGCUCAUCCGGGUUUGGCAGAUGUUUGGCCAUUGUUGUUGAGUCAGUUGGAGUUUAGGGGUGGUGGUAGUGCUGGUGGGAGCGGGAGUGGGGGGGAGAAAGAUGCCUAG